AUGUUCAACAGCAGUAAAUUCAACCCCAAAUAUUUCCUGCUAACUGGUCUCCCUGGUCUGGAGGCCCUGUACCCUUGGUUUAUCUUCCCAUUCUGCUCCAUAUAUCUCGUGGCAUUUGUGGGCAAUAGCCUGGUCCUGGCAGUGAUCAGGAAAAACACCAUUCUGCACCAGCCGAUGUACCUUUUCCUAGCUAUGCUGGCCUUUGCAGAAGUUGGUGUCUCUGCGUCUACCGUGCCCACAGUGUUGGGUAUAUUCCUUUUUGGUGCCAAUGAGAUCUGCUUUGAAGCCUGCCUUUUGCAGAUGUUCUCCAUACAUUCAUUUUCCAUCAUGGAGUCUGGAGUUCUGCUGGCCAUGUCUGUGGACCGCUUUGUGGCCAUCUACAAGCCACUGAGGUAUACCGCCAUCCUGACCAGAUCCCGUAUUGCUGCUGCUGCUGCUACACUUGGACUGAAGAGUGUGAUACUUAUGUUCCCACUGCCCUUCCUCCUGAAACGUCUGCCCUUCUGUGGCCACAACGUCCUCUCCCACUCCUACUGCCUUCACUCAGAUCUAAUCCAGCUGCCCUGCGGAGAUACACGUCCCAACAGCAUUCUGGGGCUUUGCAUUGUUACUUCCACUUUUGGGCUGGACUCGCUUCUCAUUGUCCUCUCUUACAUACUGAUCCUCUACACGGUGCUGGGCAUUACCUCUGGGGAGGGGCGGCGGAAGGCCCUUAACACAUGUGUGUCACAUAUCUGUGCCGUGCUUGUGUACUAUGUGCCCAUGAUCAGCGUGGCUCUCGUGCACCGCUUUGUGAAGCAUGCAGCCCCUGCAAUCCGUCUACUCCUGGCCAAUGUCUACCUUCUGGUGCCUCCUGUGCUCAACCCCAUCAUCUACAGUGUUAAGACAAAGCAGAUUCGUCAGGGGUUAAUCCAACUCUUUCUUCCAAGAAAGCAAUAACGGGGUUAAGGCCAGUGAGAUGUCAUCCAUGAGCCAGUCCUUUUCAUCACCAAAAGUGGUCCAGGGAAGCACAGGACGCUCAUCACCUUCUCCAAGUUAGAAAGCUUGAUAAGGCUGCAUGUUGAUGAAUGUAUUGAGAAUUCAUAUUUCAUACAUAAGAGGUCAUAAUCUAAAUCUCUAUUGUAUAGUAUUUUGUCAGCUCCUUUGUUACACGUGUCAGCUUAAAAAUGCAUCUACUCUUUCAUCCAGAAAUUCCAGUUCUUAGCACUGCCCUAGAUUUAUACUCUGAGGUUUGUUUAUGAACAGAGAGACUUGAAUAAGAAUUUACACUUCAGGGGUGCCUGGGUGGCUCAGUUGUUAAACAUCUGCCUUCGGCUCGGGUCGUGUUCCCAGGGUCCAGGGAUGGAGCCCCGCAUCGGGCUCCCUGCUUCUCCCUCUCCCACUUGCCCUGCUUGU